GAGCCAGGGAGUUGAGAGAGGGAGAGAAGGGAGGCAGAGAGAAAAAGCAGACGGGCUGCUGAAAAUGGAGAGCACACGGAGAAAGGUGAUCGGAGAUUAUUCAAGAGCAUGUCAAAAUAGGAAGACCACAACAGUUACACUGAACUCAAAAUAGGGAAUAACUCCACCGCAUAGACCCUUUUAGAAGAAGGAUCCAGCCUGCGAGAGCAACAUUUGGCAGUUUGAUUUCAGCACAAGAUCAAGUCAGUAGAAGAGAAGGUGUUUCUCAGUAUGAGUCGAGAUGGGCGGAGGAAGAGGGACAGGGAUGACAACGGUUGGGCCUCCAGGGGUGGCUACAUGGCUGCUAAGGUGUCCAAGCUGGAUGAGCAGUUUAAGAUGGACGCCCCCAGAGAGAAACAGAAAGAUGGAGUCUGCUCUAGCAUCUUCACUGGGGUGGCCAUAUAUGUCAACGGGUACACAGACCCCAGUGCGGACGAGCUGCGCAGGCUGAUGAUGCUGCAUGGGGGUCAGUUUCACAUGUACUACUCCCACUCCAAGACAACCCACAUAAUCGCCACCAACCUGCCCAACAGCAAGAUACAGGAGCUGAGGGACCAGAAGGUGGUCCGGCCGGAGUGGAUCACUGACAGUAUCAAGGCUGGCCAUCUCCUGUCCUACCUGCAGUACCAGCUCUAUGCCAAGCAGAAAGGCCUGAGCUUCCCCAGUGUGUCUGUUCGCCAGGGCCAGGAGGCUGCAGGACUCAGCCACGGGCAAACCCAACCCAGCCACAGCCUCCCUGUACCCAGCCUCAAUAACCUCAUACCUGUCCUCAGCAAUCCAUCCCCCAGCCUUGGGAAGCCCCUAUCCAGCCACAGUCAUUUACACAUAGACAAUCUCCUCCCCCAGCCCAACCAGUGUAACCCGCUAGCUGGUGACCUCAACCCCCAGCCCAGACACUUUAGCCCAGGACACUGCUUUCUCAGCCCCUACUCCUCCAAUCACCUCUACUCUGACCCAGGACACAUCCCCCACCACCCACCUAGCCAAGGGCAGGCCAAGCCAGGCUGCAUCCAGCCUCUUGCUCCAGCCGACACCCACUUACAGACCCCCGGUCCCAUCCCAGCUCACCCCAGCCAUGAGCACUCUAAACCUGGGCACGCACAACCUCAGUCCAGCCUCUCCUUCUCCAACCACCUCCAGCACAGCUACCGGGAUCUGGACUUCAGACUAAAUGGAUCAUUACUGACCUAUGACAAAAUGAGAACCGCCCAAAUAAACUGGGUGCAAGAGGGGGGCGGUGAGGACCCCUGUCCUGUCAGACCCACAAGAGGGGCAACGGACCCCCCUCUGACCAAUGGUCACACCCACCCUGUGAAUGGUGCCUUAAAGCCUCUGGAUCUCUCCCCCAACCCCACACUACCCACAGACACACCCCUGAACCCUGACAGGAAGUCCACGGGGGGGUCUGUGUCCCUGCAUCCUGCCAGCCCCCUAUCCAACUCUCCUUUGAAAUCUGACCCCCCCAAACUUCUCCACAGCCCCCCCAGGAACCCAACUCCUCCCCCUGUGUCUCACCACAGACACCACGAACAACUGGCCAAUGAACAGCGACCCAAACCUCCGCCGCCCACCUAUCAGGAGGCGACGGCUGCCUUGGCGUCCCGCCCCCUCGUUCUCCCACCGCCGAAGCCCCGUCAAUCAGAUUCCCCUCCUGAGAACCCCCUCCCCCUUGAUAACCCAAACCUCUCCACUUCCCCUGUCCGUCUGAAUGGCAGUCACCACAAUGCCUUUACACCUAGCCCCGCCCCUCUUGAAACCAACAGCUUAUCAGCUAUUCCCUCAAAUCCCACCCCUCCAGACAGUGACCACCAAUCAGUACUGGCGAAGACCGGGGGGAUCAUCUCAGAGUUCUACUCCCACUCUCGUCUACAUCACAUCUCCACGUGGAGGAGUGAGUUCUCUGAGUAUGUCAACACGCUGCAGAGCAGGAGGAGGGCCACAGGGGGCGCCACAUUCCCCGGGAGAGACAGGCUCAAACGCCAGAGGAGAGAGGGUUUGUCAGCUGCUCCUGGCCCUCAGUCCUGUAUCCUGCAUGUGGACAUGGACUGUUUCUUUGUCUCUGUGGGGAUCAGACACAGGCCCGACCUCAAAGGGAAGCCAGUAGCUGUGACCAGUAACCGUGGUCCAGGCAGAGUGGCCCAGAGACCUGGUGUUGACCGCCAGCUGGAGCUGCAGUACUAUCAGAGGAAAUACUCCCAUGCAGGUGUCUCGGAGAGGAAGGAUGGGGAACUGGAGGAAAUGACCUCGGCCGAGAGUCACGUCUCCCAUGGCAAUGGUGUGGAACCGGACACAACUUGCCUCUCUAUGGCUGAGAUUGCCUCCUGUAGCUACGAGGCCAGGCAGGCAGGAGUGAGGAAUGGGAUGUUUUUUGGCCAGGCUAAACAGCUGUGUCCUUCCCUGCAGUCUGUCCCUUAUGACUUCCAGGCUUACAAGGAGGUGGCACUGGCUAUGUACGAGACCCUCGCCAGUUAUACUCACAACAUUGAGGCUCUGAGUUGUGACGAGGCGUUGGUGGAUUGCUCUGCCCUGCUGGCUGAGUUGGGUGCUACACCUGAAGAGCUGGCCAGCGCCAUCCGGACAGAUGUCAGGGAGAGGACUGGGUGCACUGCCUCGGUGGGCAUGGGGUCCAACAUCCUGCUGGCGAGGAUGGCGACCCGGAAGGCCAAGCCGGACGGACAGUACCUCCUGAGGUCAGAGGAAGUGGACGACUUCAUCAGGGACCACAGGGUCACUAGCCUGCCAGGUGUGGGCCGUUCUAUGGGCGCAAAGCUGGCGUCUCUGGGUGUGAGGUCGUGUGGGGACCUGCAGCAGGUGUCUCUACAGCAACUGCAGAAGGAGUUUGGCCCUCGCACCGGGCAGACCCUCUUCAGGUUCUGCCGAGGUCUCGACGACCGGCCCGUACGCAGCGAGAAGGAAAGGAAGUCUGUCUCGGCCGAGAUGAACUACAACAUCCGCUUCACACAGGUGGACGAGGCGGAGUCGUUCCUGACCAACCUGUCCAUGGAGGUACAGAAGCGUCUUCAGGGCGCGGGGCUCAGGGGUCGCAGACUGACCCUAAAGGUCAUGGUGCGUAAGGUGGGGGCCCCGGUGGAGCCAUCCAAAUAUGGGGGUCACGGCAUCUGUGACAAUCUGGCCAGGUCAGUGACCCUGGCCCAGUCGACAGACAGUGGUCAGCUGAUAGCCAGUGAGGUCAUCAAGCUGUUCCACUCAAUGAGGCUGGAGGUGCAGGACCUGAGGGGGGUGGGCCUUCAGGUGCAGCUCCUUGAUGGGGCUCACUCAGCCCCCUAUGACCCCUCUGGCCCUAAAACACGCUCCAUCAGAGACAUGCUUCUGGCCCAGCGGCCCCCCGCCCAACACAACCACACAGAUUCGCUAGCUGAUGCUCCUGUUGCUGACUCAACCACCAAUCAGGGGAAGAGUUCCUCUGCCAGAGUCCCACCCCCCUUCUCCACUCUCUGCCCUCCUUCGCCUGCUGAUCCAAUCCCAGGGACAAGUAAAGAAGAGCCGCUGCCCUCUACACGCACACCUAACCAUGUUCGGACACGCCUCAACCUCAGCAUCGAGGUCCCCUCUCCUUCACAGGUGGACAGGUCAGUGUUGGACGCCUUGCCUGCAGAAUUGAGAGAACAGGUGGAGCGCUCCUGGACCCACAGAGAGAAAGAGAGAUCCCACAACGGGUCACACCACCGCCCCUCUAGCCCUCACCCCUCAUCCCUUCUUUCUUCCCCCUCCUCUCCUCCUACCCCCGCUGCCCUUCCUGUAGGAACACUGGUGCUUCAGAUCCCCAACCAGCCUGGACAGCCUGGCUCCACGGGCAUCAUACUGGAACUGCCUGACUUUUCCCAGGUUGACCCGGAGGUGUUUGCAGCGCUCCCCAGAGAGCUCCAGGAGGAACUGCGUUCAGCGUACAGCCGCAGAGAGACCGCCCAGGCCCAAGGGAUCAUCAUGGCAGAGCAGCGGAACCCCCUGUUGCAGCUGAAGCAGGUUGGAGUGGGUCGGGUGAAGAGGCGCUACAAGAAGAAGAACACAAACUCCAGCCCCAUUAAGAAAGGCCCCUCCCCUCUAAAGAGGCCCCACCCACCAGGAAACAGCCCUGCCAAAGCCCUACAGCACCCGCUCAGACCGAGGGACCUAUCCAACGGCCUCAAGCUGGAGAAUGGACCUUCCACAUCCUCCCUAAAGCAGGAUGUCCCAGAGACUCUGUCUAAGUUCACCCCUCGCCCUGAACCCACCCUGGCUGGAGCCUGUGAUUUCACGGACAUCCGAACACUACUCAGAGAAUGGGUCACUACCAUAUCAGAACCCAUGGAGGAGGACAUUCUGCAGGUGGUCAAGUACUGCACUGAUCUGAUCGAGGACAAAGACCUGGAGAAACUUGACCUGGUCAUCAAGUACAUGAAGAGGUUGAUGCAGCAGUCUGUGGAGUCUGUGUGGAGCAUGGCCUUUGACUUCAUCCUGGACAACGUGCAGGUGGUGGUACAGCAGACCUACGGCAGCACUCUGAAGAUCACAUAGGAGAGGACACGGCAGGCUCUAGCCAAGUCUCAAAUCACACCUUAUUCCCCACAUAGUGCACUGGUCAAAAGUAGUGCACUAGUAUGUGGGGGAUAGGAUGCCAUUUGAGAUCCAGUUUUGCUCCUCCACACACUCUGCAUCAGUGUUCUGUUUGUUGUACCACUGUUACAUCAUCAAACUAUUACAUCAUAAUCCUGACGGGAGGAGCUGUGUUCUCUUCUUGUGACAUCACAGUGAAAGUUCUGUGACAUCAGCUCAGCAAGCCCCAUAGAAUUAGUAAUAAUAGGAUCUAUAUGACAAGCUCUCUCUCACUGACCUGCGUUCUAUUUCGACUUCAUUAUGACACGUGUCAGCAGAACACAGCACAGGAAUCGGCUGCACUACACUUCAGCAGCCUGAAUAUCAACUUGGCCCGACACGCACUGUCCAACCUUCCAUGAGCCGGGGGGUGGGGUGGCAGGAACACUCCUCCUGUAGCCCCUGUUGGUCAGGACCCACUGAAUCUCAUGAGUGAUGGCUGACUCAGCCAUUAGGUGUGUGAAUAUGCCAAAAAUCACAGUCUGAUGGUGGCCAUGGAAUCUCCUUGCCUUCUCGACG